GUGGCUCACAAGAUUUUGGACGUCCUCCAAAGCUACGGGAAACACACCGAGGCUGAUGGCGGCGACAACCACAAGUGGCUCGGACGCGAAAAGUUCCUCCCCCCGGUCGAACAGUAUGUCAGGAGCCAGCAGUCCAUCAAGAUGAUUCUUCCCUCCUUCCCGUGGAAGAGCGUCAACCGUGUUGACAAGGUGACUGGCGCUCUCCCUGAUCUCGGAGAGGAGCUCGCUCUCGCCAGACUCAACGCCAUUUGCGUGGAUAUUGGGAAAGUGUACGAGCACGGUGCCGAAAUCCACAUUGCCACUGAUGGUCUGGCUUUCAACGACGUCGUCGGCAUUUCAGACGAGGACACCUGGGAGUACAGCGUUGCCCUCCUGGACAUGGCAGCCAAAAAGGGCUUCAAGGGGAUCAAGAUGCUGCGCGUCAUGGACUUCCUCGGCCACACCGAUCCCAGAACCCCCCUCACCAAAGACCAGUACCUCUCCCUCGUGGCCAAGAGCCGCGCCGAGCUCGAAUCCCAGUUUGGCGGGUCAGACAAGGAGGUGCGGCACAUGAUCGAGACGGACAACGACACGCUCCUGACCUACCGCGGCUUCAUCCGCUUCCUCGAGACGGACCUCCGGCACUCGCCCGUGGCGGCACACGCGCGGUCCGGCCAGCACUACCGCCGCAUCGUCAAGGAGGUCGCCAUGAAGAUGAUGAUGCGCGCCGAGGCCUUCACCAAGAUCAUCCAGGCCAAGUGUCCGGACUACGUGCGCCUGUCCAUCCACCCGUCCAGCGGCGCCGUCAAGCUGUCGGUGCCGCUCCUCGUCGAGAAGAGCAACUCCAGGGGGUUUCCCCGCACCCCCUGGCACAGCUCCGUCGCCGUGGCGCUGGACGGGGGAUACCGCUCCGUGCACGCCAAGGACGUGCGCGAGACGCACGAUAUGGUCUUCAAGGACGGCAGGCCGUGGUGCUUCCGCGAGAGGUCGGACCUGUUUGACUUCGGCGACGACGUCGAGAUUGAGCACCUCUAUCCCUGCGGCGUGGAGAUCCGGCCCCGGGCUAAUGCUGUUCGGGCGGGGGAGGCUCGAUUGGACCCGGCGGCCGAGGAGAAGGUGGUGAAGCUGGCGGCGUUGCAGCCUGUGAGACUGGUAGGGUUCGCCAAUGCA